UGGCGGCUCUGCCUGGAGGGCUUUGCUGAGACCUCCAGGUCCUAAAGGGGAGAGAAUUGGGUCGAUGCGACUGAUUGGGGAAGUUGGAAUUAGAAUGGCCAUCAAUCCAGGAAGCGAUGCAGCUUUCUCCAGCCAGAAAUCAGAGAGUGCUCGAACCAGGAAUGUUCCAUCAACUGAAGAGGAAGUAUUUUACAAGUAUUGUAGAGCUGCCUAUUUAACUGUUUUCAAAAGCAGUUUAGAAAACAUCCUUUCUAAAGAUCAACUUUCUUUAGUUCUUCAGCAUGCAGGAAGAAAUCCAUCCCAAAAGACCAUUAAUAAGUACUGGACUCCUCAAACUGCUAAACUGAAUUUUGACGAUUUUUGUAUGAUUUUAAGAAAUGAAAAGCCUAUUUCAAAAAAAGAGCUGCUGAAUUCAUUUAAACAAUUAGAUAUCAAUGAUGCUGGCUCUAUUUCACACACUGAUCUUUAUUCACUCCUCACAAAGAGAGGUGAGAAGAUGAGUCCAGAAGAAGUAAAUGCCAUAAUAAAUUUAGCUGAUGUCAAUGCCGAUGGAAAAUUUGACUACAUCAAGUUUUGUAAAUUAUAUAUGACAACCAAUGAGCAAUGUCUCAAAACUGCUUUAGAAAAACUGGAGGUUGACAGUAAACUGAGACGUCAGCAGUUUGGAAGCCACAAGGAAGGGUCCCCUGAAAGUCACCCAGUGCCCGUAACAAAACCAUCACCUGGACUCAUAAGAAAAACUGAUCAGGAACCGUUUUCAAAUAAAGGUGACACCAGGAGUUCGAUACUGGCAACAACUAGGAAGUUCACAUCAUCUAUUUCCUUGAUACUUACCAUGGGUACAACUAGCAACCGAAAAUCAAAAUUAACUGAGCCAAACUUAAUAAAGGAGUGGCAGCGUGUACAAUCUAAAGGUUGCUUUUUCGUGGAAGAAGAUGGGGAAAUCAUUAAUCAUCAAUACAAGAUGCAUAUUGCUCAGAGAUCCAUGGUUUAUCUAACUAUUAAACCACUAAACCUGAGUCAGGUCGAAGGAAAACUAUCUCCUUGGUUAUCAGUUGAUACAACUAUGUAUAUUCUUAAGGAAAGUGAAAGUCAAGCAAGUAUACAGCUUAUGGGUUUUACAGAACUACAAAAUAGAGAAGUGUUUGGGUGGACUGGUGAACUGGGGCCUGGAACUUACUGGUUAAUUCCUUGUACAACUGGCUGUAGGCUGAGGCAAGAAAUAAAACCAAUAGCCGAAGAAGCCCAGCUUGUAUGUAGAGAUGAAAGUGGAGAAUUAUUUCUUACAAAGGAAUUUAGGUCAACUUUAUCAGAUAUAUUUGAUGUUAUUGAUCUAGAUGGGAAUGGUCUUCUUAGCCUGGAAGAAUAUAAUUUUUUUGAACUGAGAACAAGUGGCGAGAAGUGUGAUGAGGAUGCCUGGGCAGUCUGCAGAGAGAAUUUUGAAACAAAGAAGAAUGAACUAACAAGACAGGGCUUCAUGGAUCUGAACCUGAUGGAAGCCAAUGACAUACAGGGAGACCCCCGUGAUCUCUGGGUCACUCUUCAUUCAAUGGGCUAUAACAAGGCUCUGGAGCUGACAGAGGCAUGUCCAUUUGUCAUUGAUAUCUAUGCAGAAAAGUGCAAGCCACGAAUUAAAGCUGUCCAGAUGGAGGUCUGCAGUGGGCAGCUUGAGAAGGCCAUUUGUAAGUCUGUCCUUAGCAAAGGCGAGGCCAGAGCAAUGGAUGGCUAUGAAAACAUCAUUGUGCAUACUUACAAGUGUGACAGCUGGAUUACGUCAGUGAUCGAAAACAAGUCUGACAAUAAAGUGAUCAUUCAUGUCAACAAUGAGCAGAGUAGAAACUGCGUGAACAACCGAGGUCUCAACAUAUUCGCCGUCGAAGUUGCACCCAAGUCUGCAAUGGUCUGCCAGCAUGUGAUGCCCCUGAACGAGCACCAGGAGUGGCUACAUCACUGUGUGUAUUCCCUGGUAUCAUGAAUGUGCGUGUCUCCCUCAUGUCUGAGGUGUCUGCCCCAAGCCCUGUUUCCCUCAUGUCCUGAAGUUUUUCCCCACAGUGUGUCCUUCCUCGUCUUCCUGGGCACUGCUUUCACCUGAGACUCUGAAAAAUGAUUUCUUGUCUUAGUCUGUUUUUUGUUGAUCAGUCAAAUACUAAUCAAUUUAAUUGAUGUAAAUACACCACAAUUUAUUUAACUUGCAUGCACUUAUAUUUUCUGUUCAUGUGCUAUAUUAUUAAAAGAGAAUGUUUUUAA